AGUCACACGUAUGAACGUGCCCCAGUGCGCCUGUCGCCGAGUGCAAAGGAACGUUGAAAGAGAGAGGAAAAAAAAAAGGAAUAUUUAGUGGACGGGAAUUGGGUAAAAAAGGGCUGGAUUGCGGUUUCACUGGACAUAGGCAUCGGAGAAUGUGCAUUUUUUCGGGGAAUUGAGGGGAUUUGAGGGUUUAUCGAGGAAUUGUGCGAGGGUGAGUGUCAAUGGGGAUGAGCGGAGAUUUUAGUGGGAAAUCAGACGUUCGGGGAAUCGUCAGGGCAGACAGUCUGUGAAUUUUUUUCAAAAUGAUUUUCACGUGAGUUCACCUGCAGCUUAAUAAAUUGAUGGUUGAACUUGGGGAGGAUUUUGGAGUCGUAUUUUUCGGGUGAAAUAUCGCCCCCCACCCCUUGUGGGAGAAUAAUUGACACGACUUUUUUUUUGGGAACUAAUUUUUUGUUGUGAAAUAAUUUUUUUUUAGACUGUGGAAUCAGUGUUUGAGGGUCUCAACUGAGUUCGGACGGCUAAAGUUUAACUCACUUGACAUGUGGAUUGUUAUUGGGGUCAUGAACGUGAGGAAUGUGAACAGUGGCCUCAAAAGAAGAGGUAUAGACACUGAGUAACUUGUCCUUUGUAUAAUUUACGAAUAAACAAGAGGGUGAAUGAAAAUAUAAAAAAUUGCCAUUGGAGUGGUUGAACGAAGAAGGGGAAUGGAUCCACCAUUGAGAUGCCAUCUGAAUAGCCGUCGCCUCGGCAGGAUGUGGUCUACAUCAACGAUACAAUAAAUUCCGUGAGAUAAAAAAAAAAAGACAGCGAGUUUUUGCUUAUCAGCGGGUGGGGGGUGGGUGCGAGGGACAAGAAAAAAAAAACGCCAUUUCGUCUCUGACAUUUUUUUUUAUCUCGGGAUGAUGACCCCGAGGCCCCUGGAAUGACAAUAAAGGAGGUGAACUCCCUCGAUGGAGACGCUCUGAUGAUUUAAUAAAGGAUAAGGACUGGGAAGUUAUUUCUUCGGUAUUUUUUUCCUCUUUACUUCAAUAUUUUUCUCCUGAUUUUCUCACCCCUCCGGCCAAUCAACUGCAAUUAUCAUUAUACUCUGAUACUGGAAUGGCAGUUGAUGACAGGACAUUUGCCCGCGGAGCAGUGAGAAUUGUAUUAUGCGGACUUUAUGUCCUUGUUAUAUUGCUGUGCGUUCAUGCUGAUGAUAAUUGGGACAAGGAUGAGGAUCCCAUACCCACAUCGGAGGUCAACGGUGUUCUUGGUGGAUCGGCACAACUGCCUUGCGAUAUCGAACCCGAGACCAGAGGUGACGGGGUAUACAUGGUGCUGUGGUUUCGUAAUAAUUCCGUCAAACCCAUUUACAGUAUUGACGUCAGAGGGAGAUCCUUCCAUGAAGCUAGAAAUUGGUCGGACAAAGUGGUAAAACCGCGGGCGCGUUUUGUAACAACUCAAAAGCCAGCGGCCCUCGUUCUGGAUGGGAUACAGCUGGAGGACGAGGGGAUCUACCGAUGUCGAGUAGAUUUUAAAAAAUCACCGACUAGAAAUUUCCAAGUCAAUCUAACUGUCAUACAUCCCCCCCGCCAACUGCGGAUGUACGACAACUCCGGUCAGCAGAUUGACAGCGUAGUGGGUCCUUAUCAGGUUGGCGAGGAGUUCGUAGUAUCUUGUGAAGUCCGUGGCGGCAAGCCACCCCCACUCAUAACGUGGUUCGUAAAUGGGAAACAAGUGGAAGGAAGAGUCGAGAAGAAUGAACAGUUCUACAUCGUUAGCAAGUACAGGGUGCAGCAAUUAACGAGGGAACACUUGAACACGACUUACAAGUGUCUAGCGACCAAUACGGAGCUUGUCGAGCCACUGGAGAAAACUGUUCUCUUGAAUGUUUAUCUUAAACCACUGAACGUAACGAUACUGUCCAAACCAACGAUCCUGGAAUCUGAGAAGACAUACAAUUUAACUUGCGAAGUUGCUGGCUCUCAUCCACGUCCAAAAGUAAUAUGGCUCGAGGGCCAAUCAGAAUUCACGAAUGGACGUGUUAAGGAGAGUGGAAAUGCUACAGUCGUUUAUAGUACACUAAAAUUUUCACCAAUGCCCGAAGAUCAUGCCAAGCAGGUGAAGUGUAGAGGAGAAAAUCCAGUACUGACUGAUGCCUACAUGGAGGACAUUUUUAAUUUGAAUGUUGUCUUUCCUCCAAAGGUUGAUCUGGAAAUAGGAAACACCCUGAAUGCUCAAAAUAUUAAAGAAGAGGACGACGUUUAUUUCGAGUGCAAAGUGCGAGCGAAUCCCGAGCAUCACAGAAUAACAUGGCGACACAACGGACAUGUUCUUAUACAAAAUGCAACAGCAGGAAUUCACAUGAGCUCGCAAAAUCUCGUACUGCAGAAAAUAAAUCGUGAUAAUGGGGGCAAUUAUACGUGUCUCGCUAGUAAUGACAGGGGUGAGACGAGCUCAGCUGUUGUUCCACUUCGAGUGCAGUUCGCGCCAGUCUGCAAAACCAAAGAAGUGACGAUAAUCGGAGCAUCUUUAGAUGAAUCAGUGAAGAUAAGAUGUGAAGUAGAGGCUGAUCCGAGUGAAGUUGAUUUUGUGUGGGAAUUUAACAACAGCGGCGAGAAUUUCGAGCUCGGACCAGCCAAGUUCGAUGGAAAUAAUGGUACCACGAGUGAAUUCAUUUACACCCCCAUGUCGGAGAGAGAUUAUGGGGCACUCACAUGUUCGGGGAGGAAUAUCAUCGGCAAGCAGAAGAUUCCGUGUGUUUAUCAGGUCAUUCCAGCAGUUAAACCAAGUCCCCUGAACAACUGCACGAUAAAAGCCUCAUUGAAUCAGAGCUCCGAGAUCCUCGAGAUUGAGUGUGUACCUGGUUACGAUGGUGGUCUUAAGCAGGAGUUUCGCCUGGAGGCUUGGGAGGCAGGCACCAGAAUACUUCGCGUUAAUACAACGAGCAUUUCUCCCGAGUCACCCCUAUUCCGCAUACCCAUUGCUGAUCUCCUACCAGCAACUCACUUUUAUCUGAUCGCUUACGCUGUUAAUGCCAAGGGAAGAAGCGAGGUUUCACUGCUGGAGGAUAUUAUGCUGAAGGACUCGGCCAAACAGACUGAGACUGGCGUAAGCUUUGUUCCCCUGGUGCUUCUGCUAAUCGGAUCACUCAUGGCGCUGGGGAUAACAGUUCUGUCUGUCAUGUUGAUGAUGUACAGGAGACGGGGCACAACGUCCCCUGUUCAUGUCGAGCCUUACAUGAAACAGCCGAUAAUCAGUCCACCUGACUCGAGAAAUAAUUCCAUGCUCGAUGUAACGCAUGGUGAUCACACUUAUUUUGUCGAGUACACGUUGAAACAAGUGGGGGAGUACGGGCUCAAUCAGCCAGAUAUCAUUCAAUCGCCUCAAGAUCAAGAAAAGAUGAAACGCGAACCCCAACUGUUCCUACCAGUGAGGCCUGAUACGUUAUUUGCUCCAUAUGACCUACAUAAACAAGGCCUUCAGACAAACAAGUGUAGUUUGAACCCAUUUUCUACGAAAUCGUGGGAGCCCAUAAGCUUCAAGGCAGAUCGUAACUUGAUGAAAGAAAUAAUAAUCGCCAAUUCAAUACCCGGUCCAGAGAGCUGCGUAUAAAGUAUUUGUAUUCUAAUAAAAGAGAUUAUUUGAUAAUAAAAUGAACCAUCGAAGUCGCAUCAACGCAUAAACAAGACAUAUCAGUAUAGCUGACAUCAUCGACACGGAGAUUAUCACUCAUGCAUAUGUGGACUGUCUACAUUGUUUUUUAACUGACAAAAAAACUAAAGGAUUACGUGAGGAAUUCAAUUGUCAUUGGCUGAAGGAGAAAUUGGUGUUUUUGGUGACCAAUGAGUGAAUGCCCUUUUUUCAAUAAAGAGAUGAAAACUAAA